CAUAAAGAUGAUGGGCAAUUAAGUCCCUAUCCACCAUAUGCAAUGAUAGCAGUCCCGUAUUUAUGAAAGGCCCAUCAACUAUUGCACAUUUGUACUCUGAUGGCAAGGCAAGCGCUUCUCCUCUUUGUGUUCUGGCUAUGCUUCUUGGCAAGAGUUAGAUCGGACGAGGAUUGCGUGUACACGGUGUACGUUCGGACGGGUUCGAUCAUCAAGGGAGGAACCGAUUCAGUAAUUGGUCUGAAGCUAUACGACAAGUCCGGCUACGGCAUAUACAUCACCAACCUCGAGGCAUGGGGCGGGUUAAUGGAUCCGGGUCACAACUACUACGAGCGGGGCAACCUCGACAUAUUCAGUGGUAGAGGCCCUUGCUUGGAAGCACCCGUUUGCGAGGCCAACCUAACUUCUGACGGGUCGGGGCCCCAUCACGGCUGGUACGUUAAUUACGUCGAGGUCACCACCACUGGGGUCCACGCGCCUUGUUCUCAGCAGCAGUUCACCUUUGAGCAGUGGCUCGCCACCGAUACGUCGCCGUAUCAGCUCUGGGCUGUCAGGAACAACUGUCCAAACAACUUGGGCCCGGCCCAGCUCACCGAUGUUGCCAUCCCUCGGGCUGGGCCUGCUUUCUCUAUUCUGGAAUCCACCGUCCGCGUCUAGGUUAUGUUGGUUGCUCUACUUGAGUGUCGGUAGUGUUGUUGGGAAACAUAUGUUUUUUGGGACAUAAUACUUUUGGUGAGGUUUGUACUUGCGUCCUCCUUAAGCUUGUUCUGUCUCGCUAGAACAGAAUUGUUUACUGGGCUCAUGAGUCUAGACUCUAGAAGUUCCAAUUUAUAUAUUUAUCCUUUAUUAUUGAAUAAAGGAGGAUGCGGUUUGGACUUUUUUGUGUUGGUGUUAUGUUUAAGUAAAUGAUAGGUGCAUAAUGUGUUGUGUGACCA